AUGCCUUCUACUUCAUUACAACUGGCACUCAUUGCCCUGUGGGUAGCAAAACCUGACCUGCUCUGGUUGAAUGCAACAUGGCAGACUCUAACGGGCAUCAACGGCGAACCAUGGAUGCACGACCAUGAAACUGACUUGCAGGCGCAUUCCACAUUUGUAGAUGAAUGGACCGUGGCUCAGGCUAGGGCCGUUCAGAAGUUCAUGACUAACUGCCAAGCAAGGAAAGAUUCCCUGGUGCAAUACUUUGCUCAGCGCAAUGAUGACGAUGCAGACGGCCGCACCCUAUGGAAUAAGUGGGUUAAAGAGCAUUGGGCCAAGACGUGGAAAUUGAACGCCAUCAUUGAUGACGUUUUUGCUCAGGAGAACUGUAGCCCCCAUGAAGUGCUAGUGCGGCAUGGAAUUACAAACCAGCAAGAGUUCCCAUUGCUACGAGAAGCCCAAGUUGAGAUGGCGGUCUCUAAGAAGCUUUCUUUUACUCUAUUUGGUGAUGAUGCUUUCACUUCUGGGGACUUUCUAUGCACUCCCAUUGCUACGUUCAUUACUCACAUCGCAGGUCCAGAUGCGCGUCCCACUAUGGCGCACCUAAGGGGGUACAUGCGACGGGUAGAAUCUUAUGUCAAACUUCUUAGCCUGUUCAAGGACCCUGAAUCUCUUCAAAAAAUGGAGGAGCGACGCCAGUGUCUAGUAGCCAUGCUCGCCACUGCUAAACGCGAUUCCACAGCUGGAGCCAUUCAGAGACUUCCAAAAGUCCUCCGAGAGGCUCUGGAGAAGCUUGCCACAGAGGCUGAGGUCAAAGAGCUCGAGGCUUUGAUCCAUGCCACGUUGGAUACGGCGACGCCAGGUGAUGAGGUGCAUAUUGACUUCGAGGAAACUAUUACUCUGACAGACUGGAGGAGCGGCGUGGAGGAGUACGCUGGGUGCUCUGUGGAUGACCUUUGGCAACAACUUGGCGUACAACAACUUCCAUUUUUCCAGACCUGCACUGACCCUGACGGUAUGAUCUCGCCGUGGACUGAAGAAGGCCAGGCAUGGUUGGAUGAUACCGUCAAUGGGGUUACAUUGGCUCCCCGCUGGCACCAACUUGUGGGGAUUUUGAGAAUGGUAGAUCGAGCACUAAUGGGUGAGCCCGUUAUGCUCAUGGAUGGCGUUGGUAUCGGGAAAACAAUGCAAGCAGUUGCUGUCGUUGCGAGUUUAGCCCACUAUCAAGAGUACUAUAAGAAGCACAACAGAUUUCCUGGGAAAUUUGCUUCGCGGAAAUGCACCAAGACCGGUGGAAAUUUGCCUGACCUGCCUACCGUCAUCAUCUGCCCCCCAAACUUACACCACCAGUGGAUUGGAGAAAUUGAAAGGUACUUGCGGCGAGCAACCUUUGACGUUCUGCCUUAUGUUGGGAAGUACGACAGCCGGAAGGAUUGGUGGAGCAAGGUGUGGGCCAAAUGCCAGCAACCGCUUUGUAGACGAGUGGUAUUGGCGACAACUCUGGCUAUUCAGGAUGAUGCUGCCACAAUUUUUGGCGAUGGACCUCGUGAGGAUCCUGGGCGCCCACGCAAAAGUGCCCGUUAUGAUCAAGUCCACGAUAAAACCAUUUACGGUCGUGAUUACGGUAUGAUGAUUGUGGACGAAGCACAUGUCGUUCGAAAAUACAACAAAGUGCACCUGGCUUGUCGUGGCUUGUCGCAGAGGUGCUUGAUCGUUGUGGCUAUGACUGCUACUCCAGUGACUACAAAGCCUGCGGCUGGCGUAGAAGGGUCGGUUCUUCGUGGAUUAUUGGUUGGCGCAGAGAAUCCUGAUCGCGCCCAGGAUGAAUAUGGCCCUGUGAUGAAAAAAUGGAUGGGCCAAAUGCGUGGAUGGUUCGCACCUGCAAUUAUCCUACGAAAUCUCGACUCGGUAGAUAACACUGGGACAAAAAUCCUUGGGCUCCCUCCCUGCCAUGAUCAUACACUGCGAAUGCAUCUUCUGCCUUGGGAGAUGAGUAACUUGCGAGAAAUCGCCAAGGGGUAUUUGCAGGACUCGCCGGUUGUAGGAGUGGGAGCAGCUAGUCGAGUAAGACCGCACAAAAGCGUGAAGCUUGAUGUACUUGGACAAUUGGUCAGCUAUCACCUGAUGGAAGACGAUCGGCCACCCCUGGAAAUGGAUGAGAAAGGGCGUGUCCUUGUGCCUAACCCAGGGUUUCAAACUCCUGCUUCAGUGUCUGAUAAAAAGGACCCAGACCGGAUUGUGGUAUAUUCAGCUUUCCCUAGCUCUAACCAAGCCAUUUUGGAUAUUCUGGAUCUCCAUGGCAUUCUGGCAGUGGAACUCAACGGCAAGACGCCUAUGCACAGGCGCAAGGCGGUAUUAGAGAGUUUCAGGGUUUCGACUCGUGAGAGUGGUCCUCGCGUCUUGAUUUUGUCUGGAGUGGGGGCAGACACAUUAUGGUCUGAACAAGAUGAUCGCCAAUUGCGCGGCCGUAUCUACCGUCAUCCACAGACCAAAUUGGUCCACAUAUACCGAGCUAUCGCCCUUCGAACUGCGGACGUUUUUCUUAACAAUAUAUCAUUUUCGAAAGGGGCUAUGCACGAAGCUUUUAUCGGGGCUGACAAGGAAAUAAGUAAGCUGUAA